AUGUAUGUUUUGUUUACAUUAGAAUCAGAAGAUGAAAAUAAUCUCUUUUCUGAGAAAGGUAAGUCGUCCUAAUGAAAUAAUAAAUAAAUUCUUUUGGAGUGGUAACAGAAUUUGUUGUAAGCAGAGUCUGGGGUGAUGAUAUUGACAUGGGGUCAAAGUUUAUUUGUUUUUUUUUCAUACCUGGUGGUUUCUGUUAAAAACUACCAGCUUUUAAUAUUGGUGACCAAAUAGAAGAUGUCAAAUUGUUCGGCAACCGUCAGGCAAAAUGGCCAAUCCUAAGGUCCCCUUUACGAAGCACCGGAUUCAUUUGUCAUAACACCGGAUUUUGCAGUUUCAGAAUGCCUCAAACACUUGAGAUUAUGAUUACGAUAAAAUAAAACAAAACCUGUGAAAGGGUUAUAAUCCUGAACGGCAAGUGUUGUUGUCCUGAGAAACGAAUCCUGUACCAUGUAAGCGGAGCAUAAACCGUAAAAAUGUGUAAUAAGAUUGAUGUCAAAUUGUUUGACAAUUUACAAAAUUUCCUACUCCUCCUACAGCAUUGGUAGAGAUUACCAAUCGGGUUCCUACGAAUUCCACGUUGACGUCAUUAUCGUCCAGCAUCUGUAUGCAACAAAACUGCAGAUGUCCUACCCAACAAAGAAUUGGACGUCCUAAGUUUAUGUCAAAAUCACGAAAUCUGAUCACUUCUACUCAUGAAAAGUCAACUGGACAUGUGGCUGUAUUGGAAAGAUCAAGAUCCCCUCUGGAGAGAUCGAGGUCACCACCAAAAAAAAAGAAGAGGUGCAGUUCACAAGAUGGUGUCAGAGAGAUGAGCCAUUCUCAGUCAAGCAGUGACUGUAGCCAAUCUGCUGUGGAUGAAGAUUGGUUGUUGGGCAUUGACAUUGAGCGAUUAGACGCACCUCUAGCUGCCGUAGCUGAUCAAGUUUUCUCUACAAGACGUUCGAAUCAAGUCUGUCGACAACUUUCCAAUGUCAGAAGGAAGUAAGUGAAUGAAUAUUUAAUACUGCCGCAAAAUUAGGUCUGCUUAACUUCGAAACGUCGAGAAGUAUAUUUGUCUUUUAUAGGUUGGUGUGAUCCUUUCAAACAAAGCUUUAUUUGAAUGCUGUAAUGGAUUCCCUCCCCCCCCCCCCUCCAAGACGAAGAUUUUUAUCUUUAUUAUGUUAAUUGUUCAGAAUUUCAGAAGAGGGUGCUUCACCUGCUGACAGAGAUCAGACACACUUUGCAACAAGUGGGAAAGAAGUACAAACCAGUCGAUUCCGACUUUCAGAUUGAGCAGAUCACAGAUAUUGGUCAGUUAGGGGAAGUAGAAGAUUCUCUUACGACAGAGGAGUCAAGAAAACUUAUGGUUAGCAAUUUUUGAAGUUUUUAAUGUUACUCUGUGUGGAUGCGUAUAUAUGUCACUGCUGCCAGUCGUGACGCAGAUGCUUCAAUAUAAAUUUCUCUUUUGUGCUAUAUAGCUUUCAAGGAUUUCAAAAAUAGGCGGCACAAGUCUAAAGAACUGUGUGCACAAUGUGAUGUUCAGGUAAGGUUAAAUUUUUAACAAUGAGACAAUGCAUGUCGCCUAAACAGUAUAAACACUCUAACCAAAUUCUCACUAAGCAGUGCUUUAUUAAAUGAUCAUUCAUCAAUCAAAGCGCUUCUUUAUAUUCUGCAUGCACAGUACUUUCACGAAGUGCACAGUUGCAGCACUUUUGAUUUCAAUUCAGCGCCCUGAAUUGUUGAAGUGUAUUAUUGGAAUAGGGUAAUUGUCCUUCAACCUUAAAGGAAUACUGAAUGGUUUUUGCAGGAUUGCGUGAUCCAUGCACGAGGGAUGUUGCUCGACUUUCGGAAAGCAUAAAAAUACUCAAGCUGCAGUGGACUGUAUUUUUACGCUUUCCGAAAGUCGAGCAACAUCCCAAAUGCAUGGAUCACGCUAUCCUGCUUGGAAAACCAUUCGGUAAUUGUUUUAUAAAAUAACUACAGUGAAACAAUGACAUUUUGAAAAUCCCGUGAAGGCAUUUUAAUUCCGGAUAGGCUGAUCCUGCACGCUAUUGACCAAUCAAAUUGUAUGUGUCACUGUAGUUAUUAUAUAAUGGCCAUUCUUGUAUUAAUGCAUUUGUACACUAUUUGUUUACUGUUUGUGUGUUUAUAUAUGAUUAUGUGUUUAUAUGUAUUUCUGUUAAUUUUAGACUUAUGAACAACGAAGUCAUGUCAGGAAUGAAUAUGAAUGGCAAUGGUGGUAAAGUUGCGUUUGGAAAGACAACUAUCUUUCAACUUAUCACUGGUACGUAAUAAUAUACAGAGUAUUAUAUUGUCCGGGUAAUUGUCAUGCUAAUUCUUUCAUUAUGAAUUUGUUUAGAAAUGGCUUUGAAGAAUCAUAAAGGAACAGAGAGUGAGGUGGUUCAGAUUUGUUCCAGACUGCUGAAAUAUGCACCAGACAGAAAAGGUGGCGGAGGGCACAAAGAAAACUCUGCAUGA